UAUAAACUGUAGUAUUUGAGGGAGAAAGCCAAAGCCCCAAAGGCCAAACCUUAAUUCCCGCUUCACUACUUUUGCAGAACCGAUUGAACAUGGAUGCAUCUACAAUUAGUGCUGGUGCUUUGGUUCGUUUACAAGAAUUGAACCCGUCUUCCCCAAAUUUCAACCAAGGAGCCUCAUUUAGGGUUAUUGGAAAGUUACAAGAGUAUGAUCUGGGGACGGCAGUGGCUAUAAUCGUUGAUGGAGAUGCUAGCUUAAAGGUCGACACACAGUACCUGACCCUUAAUCUGCGCCCAGGUUCUCUCUACCAGUUCAUCGGGGAACUGCAGAUUGAGCCAAAUAAUGAGGGAAUUUUGAAGGCUCGGGUUGGAAGAAAUGUUGAUGGACUGGACAUUAACCUCUACCAUCAGACAAUGCAGCUCGUAAGACAUUUUCAAGCCGAGCAAGCAGACAUUCGAACAUCUUAAUGUCGGAUUGUAACUGCCAUGAAGCAAGAUUUGAUGGAUCAAAUUCCACUGCCCUUGAUCUAUGCUCGUGGUUAGAACUUAGGAGUUCAAUGUUAGAUUAUUUGAUGGAUCAAUAUAUUGUUUAUUAUGUGAUCAUGACUCAUGAUACACUUUGGCUAAAGUAAUUUGAGUUUAAUUUUGACAUAGUUCA